GGGCUACACAGGUCAGGUUAACAGAGCAAAAAGUGUGAAGGAAGAGUGACUCGACACACAUUUGCACAUCCCAGUCAAGCAUCACUUCAGCAAAUUCAUUACGGGCUCCAGUUUUUUUAUUGAUCUGGAAGGAAUCAGAGCACAACAUCACAGGCGCUAGAGAACUGAGAGAAUUGCAGAUCUAGGAGUGUAGUUCUAGAGGCUUUGCUGAUGUAUAUGGAGGACCCAGUUCAAUUAAAGGAGGAAGGUAAUAGAUGCUUUCAGAACAAUGACCAUGACAAAGCUAUUGAGAACUAUACUAAAGCAAUCCAACUGAGCAAGGACAAGAAACUUUUAGGUGUGCUUUACAGAAAUCGAGCAGCGUGUCACUUGAAAAAGGAAAACUAUGUACCAGCCGCAACAGAUGCCUCAAAAGCCAUUGAUGUGGAUGCAUCGGAUAUCAAAGCUCUCUUCAGGCGGAGUCAGGCUCUGGAAAAGCUGGGAAAACUGGACCAGGCGUUCAAAGAUGUACAGCGCUGUGUCACAAUCGAGCCUAAAAACAAAACCUUUCAAGAAAUGUUGCGACAUCUGAAUACUAACAUCCAGGAGAAGCUGAAAAUUCAGUUCUCCACAGAUAGCAGAGUAGAAAGGAUGUUUGAGGUCUUACUUGAUGAGAACACUGACAAAGAGAAGAAAGAAAAGGCUAUAAGCAAUAUGAUUGUCCUGGCGAGGGAGGAUUCUGGAGCUGAAAAGAUUUUCAGAAAUGGUGGUGUUGAUCUCUUGCUGCGUCUCAUUGAAACCAAGGACCCAGAGAUGAUCCUUGCUGCUAUAAGAACACUUUCAGGCAUGUGCAGUCGGCACAAGGCAAGGGCUUGCGCUAUAAUGCAUUUGGUGAAUUUGGAAAAGAUUUGCAGUAUCAUGGCACUAGAUCAUGAAGAAAUUGCCUUGUCCACCUGCAACCUCUUGCAGACCAUCUUGGAGACCUUUAGUGGAGAAGACAUGAAGGAUCCCCGUGGCAAGGAGGAAGCUAUGCUGCUGGACACAACUCGAGAUGAAAAAAUGAUCAUAGCACGACUUUUAGAGAUGCUGGUCAACAAGAAUGUCUCAGGUCAUGGGCGAGAUCAAGCCCUUAAUCUGCUCAUCAGAAAUGUACCAAGAAAGAAUCUGGAUACUAAAGAUAACACCAGAAGCUUGGAUGCGGUUGAUAUGGGUUUGAAGAAAAUCUUGAAAGUAGCUGGGCAGAUCCCUGAGCUACCAAACUGCCUGCCUCUGACACAAAAUACCUGCCUCACUGCCUCCAUCCUUCUCAACAAUAUUUACUGUGACCUCAGAUGUGAUGAGGAAAGAGCCACUUUUCGAACGAUCUGUGAAAACUACGUAACGAGCAAAUUUGACCCUCACAACAUGGAAAAGAACCUGAAUGCAAUCCAGACCACAUCAGCACUCCUUCAGGGUCCCUUUGAUGUCGGCAACAGCAUUCUGGGCAUGCCGGGCGUAAUGGAGAUGAUGGUUGCCUUGUGCAGUUCAGAGAGAGAAAUUGACCAACUGGUGGCAGUAGAGGCACUCAUCCAUGCCGCAAGUAAAGCUAGCAGAGCCAAUUUCAUUAUUAGCAAUGGAAUCACCUUACUGAAGAACAUGUACAAGCAAUCAACUAUUGAGAAGAUUAAAAUCAGAGCACUGGUGGGCCUAUGCAAGCUUGGUUCAGCUGGAGGCACUGACUAUGGUUUGAGGCAGUUUUCUGAAGGAUCCACAGAAAAGCUUGCAAAACAGUGCAGAAAGUGGCUGUGCAAUCCGAACAUUGACAAUACCACCAGAAAGUGGGCUGUUGAAGGGAUGGCCUACCUGACUCUCGAUGCAGACGUGAAGGACGAUUUUGUCACGGAUGAAGCAUCAAUGCAGGCGAUGUUUGAUUUAUCAAAGACUGCUGACAAGACUAUCCUUUAUUCUGUGGCCUCUAUCCUGGUGAACUGCACAAACAGCUAUGACAUAAAGGAAAAAAUACCAGAGCUGGUUCAGCUGGCAAAAUUAACCAAACAGCAUGUGCCUGAAGACCAUCCGAAGGACAAAAAGGACUUUGUGAUGAAACGUGUGCAGCGGCUGAUCAAAGCUGGUGUCGUCUCAGCAUUAGCAGUCAUGCUGAAAGCUGACAGCGCUAUUCUUACUGAUGAAACCAAAGAACUCAUGGCAAGAGUAUUCCUUGCCUUGGCUGAGGACGUUCGAGAUCGUGGCACAAUCGUGGCUCAGGGCGGUGGAAAGACUCUAUUGCCUCUUGCUCUACAAGGUACGGAUGUUGGUAAAAUCAAAGCUUCCCAUGCACUUGCAAAGAUUGCUGCCACAUCCAAUCCAGACAUUGCUUUUCCUGGUGAGAGGAUCUAUGAGGUGGUGAGGCCUCUUGUCACUCUGUUGAACAUGGACCGAGAUGGUCUGCAGAAUUAUGAAGCACUAAUGGGGCUCACAAACCUGGCUGGAAAAACUGAUAAACUAAGGCAAAAGAUAAUUAAGGAAAAUGCUAUGCCAGAUAUUGAAAACUACAUGUUUGAGGAUCAUGAUCAAAUCCGACUCGCAGCUACUGAAUGUAUGUGCAAUAUGGUCAUCUGCAAAGAAGCUCAGGAGAGGUUUGUGCCUGAAGGAAACGACAGAAUGAAGCUGCUGGUACUGCUGUGCGGGGAGGAUGAUGUGAAGCUCCAGCGGGCUGCAGCCGGAGCCAUUGCUAUGCUCACCUCUUCCCGGAAGGAACUUUGCUUCAGGAUGACAACCUCGACGACUCAGUGGCUGGAGAUCUUGCAAAGAUUAUGUCUGCAUGAUAACGUGGAACUCCGACACAGAGGGCUGGUCAUUGCCAACAACCUGAUGAUUGCCGACAAGGAGCUUGGCAAGCUGCUGAUUGAGAGCGAGCUGCUGGAGAUCCUGACCGUCAUCAGCAAGUUGGAAAAUAACCCGAAGCGGCAGCACUGUAUUAAUGUGGCCCGCGAAUGCCUUGGGAAAGCCAUGGAUUAUGGUUUUAUUAAGCCACUCUCCUAGCCUGCACAACAUAAGGGAAAUCAGUACGCCGAUUAGAUAGGAAACCUGAUAGACACCCUGCAAAACAGUUAAUUAUUGCCAAAGCAUUCGCCUUUCCAUUUGUAAUUUUUAAACAAACAACUUGCCAAUUUGUUGGACUCUCUCAUUGCAAAUUGUUUACUAGAUGUGUUUGCAGUGAUCCGGCCUCUGUCGUUGUAAGAGACUGUUACCUGGAGAAGAUGCACUGCGCAUGAGUAACUGGUCUCUUUUGAAGAAAGUACCAUGAUUUCCCCCCCAGUCUCCCCCUUUCUAUUCGCAGGCUAUUUUCAGGCCUAGUCAAGCCUUUACUUAGGCUUUGUGUUCUAAUGCCAAAGUAAGAUUUGUUUAUUGAAACCCAGGUAUUAUUAUUAUAUGGAUGGACUAUCCAAGGAGAUAGUAGAGACAGAUUGUGUCACCAAAAUUUACAAGGGAACUAGAUAACUAUUUGAUAAAGAAUUCAAUUGAGGGAGGAAUGUGAGAGACAGAACAAUGUAGGAUUAUGUAUUAUUACCUUUGAUGAUUGCCAGAUGGACAACAGUGUUUUUCCUCAUCCUGUACUUGCCUAUAUUCCUAUUUUUAGGAGUUCUGCCUUGGCCUUUCUUUUUCUGAAAGUUUCCUGCACAGCAGAAGCUACUGUGCCAAUCAAAGGAUGAAUUCUGUUCUUGGCAAAUGUCAAGCUAUUACCUGUUUACUUCUAGUUUUCACUGACUCAGAUUGUUUAGUUGAAAAUAAAGAAGUGAAUUGACCAUGA